AUGGAUUGUCUUCGUGCAUUUCUUGCCAAGCUCCAGAAUUGGCAAAGGAAAGUUAAUGCAGGAAAUGUUGCCAUGUUUAACAAUCAUUCAACUGUUCUUGAUGAGAAUGAAGAUCAUCUGCUUGACCCAUCACUCAAAACUGAAAUUACUCAGCACCUGAAAUCCUUGGAAAGUAAGCUCAAAAAGUAUUUCCCAGAAUUCGAGGAGGAAGAUGGGAAAUUGGUGGGAAAUCCUUUCUCUGGCACUCUUGAUAUUGCUAUAAUUCCCAAUGAUGUUCAGGACGAAUUUCUUGAUCUCAAGAAUGAUUCUGCUGCCAAAGAUCUCUAUGAAGAAAGAUCUCUGACUGUAUUCUGGUGCUCAAUGUAUCAGUCAUAUCCUAAAGUCAGCGAGAUUGUACUUCGAGUCCUCUUGCCUUUUUCAACUACCUAUUUAUGCGAAUCUGGUUUCUCCACCCUUCUACAUAUAAAGAGUAAAAGCCGGAACCGACUGGAUGUGGACCCGGACAUGAGAUGUGCAUUGUCAGUGACACAACCUCGGAUCAGUCGCCUGACUGAAAGGAAACAAUGUCAGCCUUCCCAUUGA